GCUGCAGGGCAGACUGUGGUUUUCUCUUCCAUCUCCAGCUCCUUGUUGGACGCUCAACCUCCAGUUGCCAUAACUGAGAUCCAGCAAUAUGGCCAUCACGUACAACGUCCAGGUGGUGACGGGCAACUUCCUCCGUUCGGGCACUCUCGACUCCAUUUUCAUCACCUUGGUGGGCACCGAGGGCGAGAGUCCCAAAACUGCACUAGACAACUGGGGUGUGGAUUUCUACCCUGGAGCGGUGAGUGAUUACAAAGUCUCUUGUGAGCAUGACCUGGGAGAAAUUGUGCUCAUCCGGCUCCAUAAAGUAUUCAAACUCGAACUCUUCUCCACAAGCUGGCACUGCAGUUCUCUCACUGUGACGUCCCCAAAAGGAGAGACCUACCGUUUCCCCUGCUACCAGUGGAUGGAAGGGCAGCAGAAACUGGAGCUGAGGGAAGGAACUGCAAAAAUCCCUGCCAUGGACACUCUGCCCUUGCUCAAAGAGUUCCGGAUAAAGGAGGUUCAGAACCGGCAGUCAGAUUAUGAGUGGAAAGUUUAUGCUGAAGGUGUCCCCUACUGUCUGAACGUCUCAUCCAUGGAGGAGCUGGAAAGUGAGGUCAAGUUUUCUUUCACCAAAGCAGCCCUUUUUGCAGAACGCUCUGCAAGCAAGAAGAUAGAGCUGAAGCUGAAAGGUUAUUCUGAUAGCCAAGAAUCCUGGGAGAACCUGGAGGACAUCAAGAAUGUUUUCUGGUUCAACAAAUCAGAGAUGUCAGAAUUCAUCACAGAACACUGGGAAGAAGAUGUGUUCUUUGGGUGCCAGUUCUUGAAUGGAUUGAACCCAAGACUGAUCCGGAAAUGUACUGAAAUCCCACCGAAUUUCCCUGUGACGCAGGAGAUGGUGGCCAAGUCCCUUGGGAAUGGCACCACGUUGCAGGAAGAGCUGAAGAAGGGCAAUAUUUUCAUUGCUGACUACCGCGUCUUGGAAGGCGUUCCUGCAGGGGUGAAUAAUGGAAGCCAACAGUACCUGACUGCUCCCUUGUGCCUGCUGCAUGUCACUGCGCAGAAGCAUCUCAUGCCCCUGGCGAUCCAGCUCACCCAGACCCCGGGCCCAGAGUCGCCCAUCUUCCUGCCAAGCGACUCCAAAUGGGACUGGAUCCUGGCAAAGACCUGGGUGCGAAAUUCCGACUUCCAUGUUCAUCAGGCAAUCACCCACCUGCUCCGGACACACCUCUUGGCGGAGGUCUUCACCCUGGCCACGAUCCGCCAGCUGCCCAUGUGCCACCCGCUCUACAAGCUCCUGAUUCCUCACACGCGCUACACCCUUCACAUCAACACCGUGGCACGUGACAGCCUCAUUUCUGAAGGAGGGGUCUUCGACAAGUCAACCGGCGUUGGUUACCAGGGCUUGGUGAAAGUAUUGCAGAAAGGUACCCAAGCCUUGACCUACUCUUCCCUCUGCCUGCCGGAAGAUCUGGAAGCUCGCGGAGUAUCCUCAUUGCCCAAGUAUUACUACAAGGAGGACGGCCUGAAGAUCUGGGCAGCCGUGGAGAGGUUUGUCUCUGGCAUUGUCGACUUGUAUUAUAAAAACGAUCGCUCUGUACAGGAAGAUUCUGAACUGAAGAAGUGGAUAGAGGAGGUCUAUGAGAAAGGCUUUCUGGCGCAAGAGUCUUCCGGCAUCCCUUCCUCAUUCACUUCGGUGGCAGAGCUCAAAAAGUUCCUGACGAUGGUGAUUUACACCUGUUCAGCCCAGCAUUCAGCAGUCAACAGUGGGCAGUUUGAUUUUGGUGCCUGGAUGCCCAACUUCCCAUCCUCGAUGAGGAAGCCCCCUCCUACCACCAAAGGCUCAGCGAACUUGCAGAACUACAAAGACACCAUCCCACAGAUCAACACCACGUGUAAAAUUCUGAGCACCUUGUGGUUACUCAGUGCCUAUCCGGGAGACAUGAUCCCUCUGGGCAAGUACCCAGAUGAGCAUUUUACUGAAGCCGCACCCCAAAGGCACAUUAGUGCUUUCCAAGAGGACCUGAAGAAGAUUUCCAAUGAAAUUGAGAAGAGGAAUGAGUCUCUGGCCAAAAUGGGGGGUCCCCUCCCUCUCAGCUACGAGUAUUUGUACCCCCCAAGUUUCGAGAACAGCGUCUCUAUCUAAGCGACAGAAUGGAAACCUCCUUCAGCAGCUGUUUCUCCAGACUCUCUGUUUCUGUAUCUUAUUUACGUGUUUUCUUUUGUGUAUGUUUAAGCAGCAUGAUGUGCCUGGAGAAGGUAGAUAUCAGAAUCAGGCUGUUGGGUGAAGCGUUUUCCUUACUGGUGGGUCGGUGCCAUCCAAGAUUUGACUCUGGUUAACAUAGGAUGUCUAUUGUGUCAGAUGGAAUGAAUAUUAAAUAUAUAUAUAUAUUUGAAUGACAGAUUAGUCACCAAGAAUCCACCAAGCUACAUCCAGAUGUUGUUGGACUGCAGCUCCCAGCAUCCCUCAUCAUUGGCUAUGCUGGUGAUACUUGCUUGCCAAGAAACAUCUGGGGGUUUGUAUGGGACUCACCUCUACUCUAACCACUACACCACAGUGACUCUUUUAUUGUAAUGUCAUACUUGUCCUUUGGUCCCAGGGGGAAAAAGGGACAGCCUCUGGGUCCCAUUAGGGGCCCAGUGUGUGGCCUUCAAAGCCCCACAGCAGAUGCCAAAGCUCCCAGACCCCCACUUAAAAAAAAAUAUCCUGGGAAAUUUUCCAUCAUCAAAUAUCCAGAAACAGAUCAAAGACGUUGCAAAACAUAGUGGAUUUGCUCUCGGACUUGCCAAAUGCUUGGGCUCUCCCCAAAUAUGAGGAAAUAAUGCCCCCAAUGGCAUAAAAUGAAAGCAAAAGUGAUGUGACCCCAUUUCCAGAAUGUCUGGUAUGGCUCACAGUGGGAGAAAGGAACCCAGUCCCUUCUUAGGGUUACUCUGCACAUAAGUGUAUUAUGCAAAUUGCUGCCAAUUUUCACACAUUUGCACUAAUUGUCCACUUUUCUGCACAAAUGUGCAUCUAUUCACCCCCGCACUCUGCAGAAAGCCCGAAUUCUCCCGAAUCAUGUGUGGCAGGAUCACAUUCUAUUCAAAUAGUAUGAGGGGUAUUUUGAAUGUGUAGACAAGACCUUAGUUUCCAGCCUCUUCCUUGAGAGUCUCACAUUUUUUGGAAAGGUGAGCCCUGGGUUCAAUUCCCCAUUCAGGUAAUGGCUGCCUAGUGUCUACCAACUACGAUGUCUUUCUGUAAUGGGCAAAGUGGUGCUAAAGGCCAUUCAGUCACUACAGCAGUUGGUGUUUUCCGUGCAUGAGUAACAUUUGAAGGCGUUACCAGGGCAUGCACUGUGGUAGGUGAUUGGAACCAGUGGCAUGGAUGCCAUAUGGAGGGAGCAUCUGUACUCCUACAUUGUUUGCCUCUUUCUAGAAUUACAGUUGUCUUUCUUGGUUGACAUAUGCGCAUUGAAUUCUCUUUGCAAGAUUCCCAUCUCAAUGUGCUGCCACGAUGCACCUUAGCGGGUUUUCAAUAAUCUGCCUUACAGUAACCAAAACUCAUAAAGCUUGCAUUCUUCCAAGGUUUACUAUCAUUGACAUACCCUCCAACAUUUCGCAGAUGAAAACUGGGGGACACAUACUGGCUCAAAAGGGUGCAUUUGACCAGGAAACUAGAGGCCUAAAGUUAUUAAGGAGGAACAUGCACCAAACUACCAUUUUAAGCAGAGAAACCCUGUAAUUUAAGUACUGAAAUUUGGAAAAGUAAGACUCUUUCCUCUCUGCUGAAUUAAUUGAGUACAAGUCCUUGUGCGCUUUGAAUGGAGUUUGCAGCAACUGAAGGACAUUGAGGCCAGUGGGGGAAAGUGGUAGGAAGGGAGAGAAACGGACAUUUUAAAACUGGCUGAGAAAGUAGGACUAUCCCUUCCAAAUUGGGACAGUUGGAGGGUAUGCACUGAUUCCUUUCUUUACUCUAGGAAGCAAAUAGGCACACAUCUCUAUAUACAGAUCAGAGGUUAAGAUUUGCAAUCACUCUGCAAACUGCUUGGCUUGAAUGCUUACAAAACAUCUGAUGAAGUGGGCAGGAGUGCUCAAAAGCUUAUGGAAAAUAAAACUUUUUGGUCUUUUGAG